AUGCGGAAUCAACUGGAGGAGCCGUCUCCUCUGUCGCCUGCGGAGUUCGAUCCCACCGCGCACGCCCACCAAGGCAAGCGCCGCUUGAAUCGCGGCGCAGAGCGAGCCAGCGCGGAUGGCGGAGCGCGGCAGUCGGCGGAAGGGGAUGUCGAUGGGGGGAAGCGACCGAGGAAGAGGCGGUGGGAUGGCGGGAAGGGUGGCGAUGCGCGCGCUGUGACAGCCGCGGACGAUGCCCUUGCGAUGAUGAGUGGCGCGCCGAUGAGUGGCGCGCCGAUGGCUGCUCGCGAAGGCGGAGGUUUGGCCGCUGGAGGUGCGGACGGCAGCAGUGGCGGCGCAGACGGCAGCAGUGACAACGCGGACGGCAGCAGUGACGACGCGGAUGUAGAGCGUAUUGAGAGUGGCGGCUGUGGCGGUUGCAUUGCAGUCGAGCGCUGGCGGUUGCAUUGCAAGAAGAAAUCGGAGAAGGCUGAGAGGCGAGCGAAGCGACGAGCAAGAGUGAAAGAGAGUGCAGCAGCACGGCGGGGUGUGGGGGUGGGGGUUGCAGCAGCGCCUCCAGGCGCAGGAGGGGCAGUUAGCAGUGGUAUCAUCAGCAGUGGUGGCAGUGGCGGUGGUGGUGUGAGUGUGGAGGAACUGGGUGCUGAGUUUGGGCCGCGUGCCGGCGCUCUUGUGGCGCGCGCUGCUCUCCCCCACAUCCUUGCUGGCACGAAUGUGCUCAUGACGAGCGCCAACAAGUUCCCCAACGCGGCUUCCUUCCUCUUGCCACACCUUCACACCCUUCUUCACCGCACGCCACCGCUUCUUCAAGCCAGUGGUGAUGCCCCUGUAGAGAUCCUCUUUCUGGCUGUUUCAAACUGCAGUAGGUUUGUAAGCCAAGUCCAGUCGCUUAUAGCGAAGCGUUUUAAACUGCAGCAGUGUGGGGAGUGGAGGGGGGAUGGUGCGGGGCAUGCAGCAAGGGUGGACGCUCAGAUACUGAAGAUGCGGAAGGAAGGAGGGCAGUUGAGAAUGCUUCCUUGCCAGGUGAUGGCAUGUCCAUACAAGAACAUCAACGAUUAUCUGGAGCGCCAUGCGUCUCUUGGACCCCAGCUGCAGCACGUCAUGCUGCUGGUGCUGAGUGAGCCCGAGGCACUGCGCAGGCGCACCAUGGACUACAUCAUCUCAUUCCUGCCACCCCAGCGGCAAACCAUCAUUCUCACCUCCGGCUCCAAGCCAAAG